GCGUGGCAUCUCUUCUUUCUGAAACAAGAAACGCGUGUGUGUACGUAUCGCUCGGGCGGGCGAAUUGCCAAUCGACAGCGCCUGUUGCUAUUUUGGAAUCCCGAACAAGAAAGUGAGCAACGAUUUUGAUUGAAGGAGAGGGCGCCGCUGGAGCGAUGUAAUCAUCAAUGAGGAUUGCAGGAUGGCAUGCGGACCGCAGGGUGGAUGGAUGGGCGCGUGCGUCCGUGCUUUUAUUGUCAUUGCAGCGCUGCUUGUACCUGUCCUGCCUGCCUGCCGCGUGGAGUGCCGCUCACUCGCUGAAAGAGCAAAAGGAACGAAUAAGAAUGAUCCAGACGCAGCCAAAACAGAGACGCAAGAUGUCGUUUUGCUGCCGCCGCUGACCAAUGACUGUGGAGCAGCGAGCGCGACGGGAGCGUGUGAACUGAAACAGUUGAGAAUGUUGGGAGUUUGGUGGUGGUGUUGUUGAUUGACGGGAUUGGCAAGAUCAUCUCAAUGAUUCAAAAACGGAAACCAGCUAGAAACACGAAUACAGUCUGGACAAGUGGCAGCUUC